CCGUGCUGCGUGCUCCUUUUCUAGACUCGGUGCCCUUGAGUGACACCCGCGCGGCCCAAUCGCAGGGCGCCCUGCCUGAGGGGCGGGGGACGUGUGUGUGUGUUUUUGACGGAGUGUCGGGCUUCCGGUGGCGCCCGCGGCGGCCCUCGCUCUCCCUCAGGCACUGACGGAGUCGCCAGCCGCCCUCGCUCUGUGGGCGGUGGGCGCGAGGGCGACGGGACACCGCGGCCUCUCCCCGCCGGGGCCGGGGCCUCCCCUUCAGCCGACCGCCGCCCCGGCUCCUCAGAGGGCGAGGGCGCGGUGGGACGGCACACAGGAAAGAAAAAAGACGCCCUUGUUCUUAUCCUCGUUCUCUGACAAGUUUGUUUCUUUUUUUUUUUUUUUUUUUGCAUCGUUCGAGGCCCGCACCCCGGCGCCCGAUCCGGGAGCGGUCCCCCGCCGGCCUCGAUGCCCGCUGUGUCUGUCCUCCGGGAGAUCCCGGAGCUCGUGCACCUGUCCGCGGGCGAACUUGCUAAGAAGGGCUGGCCUCCCGAGUGCGCACGGAUCCGGGCCAGGUUUCUUCCCUUGAUUGCACCCCUGCUUUAAAUGCAGACCUUCUUGAAAGUUUAGUGUGUUUCACAUGUCUGAAUGUUGACAACUGAUGAUGCGUGUGAACGAUGAGCCGGAAGAGGACAUGGACUCAGGGCCCUCCGGCCGUGCGAGAACCGCCCCCCGUGAACAGCAGAGGGUAGCAGUUGUACGCUAUGGACGAUUCUGACUUGGUUAAAAGCAUACCAGAAACAUCUGUGGGUUCUGAUCACAAAAUUUCUCCCUGUUGUCUUGGACUUAACGUGCAUACUCAUAGAAGUAGUCUCCACCUAUGUGCCAACGUGGUGUCCUCUUUCCCAGGGAAGACCGGGCCAGCUGCCGGCCAGGGCGCAGUGCAGGCCAUCGCCUCCCUCAUGCAAGAGCUGCAGCACAGUGGCAAGACAGAUUCGGAGCUGUGGAAAAAUUGUGAGACCAGGUGGUUCCAGCUCUUCAGUUUGGUGGAGAAGCAAUGCCAGGAGCAGAUUGUCGCCCAGCAGGAGCAGUUCCACCACCAGAUUCAGUGUAUACAGGAAGAGAUCAAGAAUUUAGUCAAACUGCAGACCAGUGAUGUUUCCUGGGUUUCCUGUGGUAGAAGUUCUUCCAGCAAACAAGUGUCUUCCGAGAGUCAAAUGGGUUUUUUGUCUCCGAGCAGUGGGAGACAUGAGCGUGGUGACAGCUGCCCUGAGCCUAAGGAGCCUGAGGCGCGGCGUGCGGCGUGCCCCCCGCCGGACAGCGCCGUGGACAGCAGCUCCGUGAGCAGUGGCUACGGCACCUUCUGCAUCUCAGAAUUAAAUUCCGACUGGGCCAUGGAGUCCCCAGGCACCUCUGAAGGGCAGUGUGGGGCCCCCAGGGACCAGAUGGGCUCACCUGGGCACGGUGUGAAACACAAGACAUUUUACACGCAGACCACUGAAGAGCCCUGUGACUCUUCAACAGCAGAGGGGGGCUCCAUUUUCCCUGGGGAAUUGGAACACAAGUUUCUUGCAGAAGAUAAGAUUUCUGAAGUAUGUAACGGGCAAACAAGUAGUAGCAAAUCGCUCACAUCAUGGGCACAAAAGCUGGAGCAGAGCCAAUCAAACAGAGCACGAGAGGAAGCAUGUUCAAGGUCUAAGCAAGGAAAUGAGCAAAGCAGGCGGUCCCCCAGCGAGCAGGCUGAUUUUGCUACCGCCAUGCGUCCUCAUACUUUUUACCUCAGUAAACCAGAGGAGAGUCCGUCCUGCUGGGAGUCUGACUCAGGGACAGGACUGACCUACUGGAGGCUGGAGGAGAAGGACCUGUACCGCUCUUUGCCUGACACUUUAGAGAAGGCAUUAAUCCCCUCCCCCUGCACAGACCUGUCACCAAGCCAGGUGCUGACCCUGGAUCCAGCACUGCGCAUGAAGGCCACUCAGCAGGUGUCUGGGCCUCCACCACGUGACUUUGUCAACACCCUUGAUGACAGAAUAUCCUUUUCUCCGGACUCCGUUCUAGAACCCAGCGUGUCUAGUCACUCUGACAUAGACUCAUUUUCUCAAACAAGUAACAUUGCUGCUCAGCUGUCUGGAUUCCCCAAGUAUCCUUCAAAGACCCAGGCGUCACCUGUGGACUCUUGGAAGAACCACAUGUUCCAGACCCAGAGCAGGAGCAGUUCCACGUUCCCCUCGGUGUACACUCUCGCUAGUAAUGACCUCUCGGUCAACACUGUAGACGAAGAACACGCUGUCUUGGUUGCUUCGACCUCGGUCAGUCAGUCCCAGCUUCCAGGUACAGCCAACAGUGUCCCAGAAUGCAUUGCAUUGACUUCCUUGGACGAUCCUGUGAUAUUGUCUAACAGAAUUAGGCAGACCCUGAAGGAGAAGCAUGCCCGGCACGUGGCAGAUCUUCGCGCUUAUUAUGAGUCAGAAAUUGCUAGUUUGAAGCAGAAGCUGGAGGCAAAGGAGAUGUCGGCUGUCGAAGACUGGAAGAAAACCAAUCAAAUUCUUGUCGACAGAUGUAGCCAAUUGGAUAGUGCCUUGAACGAAGCCACUUGUCGUGUGAGGACACUUGAAAACAAGAAUAACUUACUGGAAGUGGAAGUGAAUGACUUGAGGGAACGCUUCAGUGCAGCCAGCAGUGCCUCCAAACUUCUGCAGGAACGAAUUGAGGAAAUGAGAACAAGUAAUAAAGAAAAAGACAAUACUAUCAUUCGGUUAAAAUCUAGACUGCAGGAUCUAGAAGGAGCCUUUGAGAAUGCUUACAAACUCUCAGAUGAUAAAGAAGCCAGGUUGAGACAAGAAAACAAAAUGUUUCAAGAUCUUUUGGGAGAGUAUGAGUCUCUUGGGAAAGAACACAGUCAAGUCAAGGAUACAUUAAACACGACGGAAAACAAGCUGCUGGAUGCCCACACUCAGAUUUCUGACUUGAAAAGAACAAUUUCAAAACUGGAAGCUCAGGUCAAGCAAGUAGAGCAUGAAAACAUGUUAAGUCUUCGCCAUCAUUCUAGAACUCCUGCGCGACCCUCCCGUGCCAGCACGGUGGCCACCACGGACGUCAGCAGGCGCAAGUGGCUGAUCCCGGGCGCACAGUACUCCAUCUUCACCGGGCAGCCCCUGGAUGGCCAGCACAGCCAUGUGGACAGCAAGCUGGAAGAAGCAUGUGUUCCCGGAUAUUGUUCUCCUCCGGAAAAGGAUUUGUCACCUGCAAGUUCAUCAACCAACUUAUUAGUGAAAAAGCAAAGGGAGGCAUCAGACACACCAGUCAUGAAAGCAUUAAAAGAACUGGAUGAAGAAAAAAUAUUUAAAAAUUGGGGGACACAGACAGAGAAAGAGGAUACCUCAAAUAGAUCAGUGACUCCUCGGCGCUUGGAAACGCCGGUCACUGCGAGUCGCUGCCCCGAGAAGUGUGUCCAGCAGAGGCCCAGGAGACUCGGCUCUGCCUCCCAGAGGUCGUCGUCCUUGCCGCCUUCUGGUCGCAAGUCCAGCACUCCGACAAAAAGAGAGAUUAUGUUAACACCAGUGACUGUGGCUUACAGUCCAAAGCGAUCCCCUAAGGAAAAUUUGUCCCCAGGAUUUAGUCAUCUACAUAGCAAAACUGAAAGCAGUCCAGCUCGGUGUGAUAUCCUUCUGGAUGAUUUAGACACCGUUCCUGUGUCCACAUCACAACGCACCAAUCCAAGAAAACAACUGCAGUUUCUGCCCCUGGAUGACUUGGAAGAAAAAAACUAUUCAGAAAAAGCCACUGAGAGCCAUAUUCAUCACAGCUCCUGCCCCGACCCCUCGCCAAGUGGAGUGAAGAAGGCGCCUGUGCCAGCAGCCCGGGAGGAGUGGGAGUCAGCUGGCCGCCAGCCGUGCCAGCCUGUUCCCGUAACGGCACAGGGGGCUGACUUUGAAUACACAGCCAAAAUUAGAACUCUAGCUGAAACAGAACGAUUUUUUGAUGAACUUACAAAAGAAAAGGACCAGAUUGAGGCAGCACUCAGCCGAAUGCCUUCUCCCAGAGGAAGAGUCACUUUACAGACGAGAUUAAAUCAGGAAGCCUUGGAAGACCGUUUGGAGAGGAUCAACCGAGAGCUGGGUUCAGUUCGGAUGACACUGAAGAAGUUCCACAUUUUACGCACCUCUGCAAACCUUUGAGAUUUGUAUCCAUUAAAUUCUGAGACAUUUUUGUUUGCACUAAUGUAUAAUUAUGCACUCAGACAAGGCAAACUAUUUUGUACUGUUUAUGAGCCUUCAAACAGUAGUUUUACAAUCAUGCUAUUCUUACACUUGCUAUUUUAUACUUCAAAUGGCCACAUAUUUUCAAGAUAUUUUUGUUAUGCUCAGGAUCUCUUGUAUAUUUUACUAUUUAAAAGGUAUUAUUUUUAAAUAGUAUGUCUCCAAUUUAUAUCCAGAAAAAAGAAAUGUAAAUAAGAAAGGCAGCUUGUUUCUAAAUCGUGUUAUCCUUUUAUGAUAACUUUGCACACCAGUUUUUUAACUUGUUCUACAUUGUAAAUAUCGUUCAUUUUUUAAAAUAAAUGUUCAGCAAUAGCUUCCACAAUGAUAGCUUAAUACAUGCUGACUAUAAAAAAGGUUGACACACCUUGGAUAUUAGUGUUGAGGUUUGUAAUAAAUAAUCAUGUAAUUCCUGUUUGAAA